AUGCCAGAGCGUAUUGCGCCAUACGUCGAUGUCAUCCAGCCCACUGACUCAUUCUUCCGCCCCAAACCUUCGAACCGCUACGGAGGGCCACCCCCUCCAGAUUGGGAGCUACAAGGGCGGCUACCAACCCACGCAGAGCUGGCAGAAGAGGAUAUAAUAGAAAGAGGCCACCUGGACAUCCCGAAAAUCGAUGAGCUUCCUGCCAAUCCCACGCCCCAGUCCAUUGCCACCAACAGUAUGGGCGUCGUCAAUUUUCUGGGCAACAACAACAAUCGGUCCGACAUUCGGCGCUUCCUCGAUAUUUACCGACCAGACGCAGCGGCUGCUGGGGCCGCCGAGAGCUUUGAAACGGUGCUACUUGCUGGAGCAGAAGACCAGCAGACUCCCAACACCCAGGAACAAUUUGAUCGCCACAUGGGGUUGGAAGGUGCUUUGGAUGUGGAAACCAUUCUAGGGAUUGGCUACCCGACGCCGUUGAAGACGUGGAAUGUUGGCAGCCAGCCCCCGUUCCAAGCCAGCGUCCACAAAGUACACAAUGCCAAUGAGCCGUACAUGGAAUGGCUCAAUCAUCUGCUGGAACAGGAUGAUCUUCCAUCUGUCAUCUCGGUAUCAUAUGCGGAUGAAGAGCAGACAGUGCCCGAAGCGUACGCGAAAAGAGUCUGUGCUGCUUUCGCGCAGCUGGGGGCGCGAGGUGUUAGUGUCAUAGUGGCAUCUGGAGAUGAAGGCGUAGGUAAAGAUGGAACAUGCGUCACAAACGAUGGCAAAAACACUCCACGGUUUAUGCCUGCUUUUCCUGCAUCCUGUCCCUUUGUCACAGCUGUUGGCGCAACGCGCCAUUUUGAUCCGGUUUUUGCUGCCUUUGAUGGACGAUCAGACUUUGUUACUGGUGGCGGUUUCAGUGACUAUUUUAGUCGGCCAUCAUACCAACAUAAGGUAGUAGGUAAGUACUUGGGCGGCAUCGGGAAGCUUCACGAGGGUCUUUACAAUGCCCAUGGACGAGCCAUUCCAGAUGUGUCCGCUCAUGGAUACCACUUUGCCAUCAUAUACAACGGCACGGCGCAUCUCAUGGAUGGUACCAGCGGCUCGGCGCCGACAUUCGCCGCGAUUGUUGCCCUACUCAACAACGCACUCAUAGCAGAGAAAAAGCCGCCUCUGGGAUUUCUGAAUCCAUGGCUUUACUCUGCGAGGUCGGGGCUACGCGAUGUUACCCAUGGUUCGGCAACUGGCUGUAAUACCACGGGAUUUCCGGCGGUCGUCGGCUGGGAUGCUGCAACUGGAUUAGGGCCACCGUGGUUCCCGGAACUGAAAGAUUUAGCUCUCGCUAGAGAGUUUCGCUGGGAUCACCCCUGGUACAUUGUAUAG